UUUGUGCUGAAACCUGAAGGCCACAGUUUGUCAGUAGAUAGGAAAAACCAACUAUUCCCAUGUCCAGCGAAUCGGUACGAAUUGAUAAUACAACGUACAGAUACGGGCAGUGUGGUCUUAAGUGCAGCAAUCAGUAAAUUUCCAUAUAAAGUGCCAUAUAACUUAUCAUCGUAUACUUUAUUUAAUGUGACCAUACUUGAUAAAUAUCAAAAAAUAUUUUCCCAAAAAAUUCGUACAUUUGAGAAAGGUGAGUUUGAUUAUAUCUUAAAAGGAUAUGUAUAAUGAACAAUUGGUUUGUAGACAUAAUUCUUUGUGCUGUAUUUUAUAAAUAUAUACUUUUGCAAAUGUUGACAGCCCCAUCGACAGUGUUAAAUUUUAUAAGCAUGAAUGUAUCUGACACGAAUGUUACCUUGUCGUGGAUGGCUCCAACGCAACCAAAUGGGAUCAUAGAGGGAUAUAACGUAGAAUUACAGGUUAUUAAAUAUCUUGGCUGUAAAGACUCUACAUCUGAUUUAAGUAGUAUUAAAACUACACAUCAAACAAAAAAUACAACAAUUACAAUUCACAAUUUACAUCCGUAUGCAUCGUACAGAGCACAGAUCGUAGCUUAUAAUGCACGAUUUGACAGCGAGGUUGUAGAGACAAUCUUUAAUACAAACAAAUCUGAUGUAGCAACGGAAGUAUUCAGUCAAUUAAAAGCACAAGGUUGGAAUUUGACAUGGAAGCCACCAGAAGAUUGUACCACUAUUACGGGACCAUUAGAUGCUAAAAUAAAAAUACGCAGUAUUAAGGACGAUAGCGAAAAUUUCCCCAUAGUAAAAUAUACAAAAUAUACUUAUCUUCCCUUGUAUAAGGCGGAAUUAUACGCUCUCAACCAAUUUGUGGCUAGAGUAUAUGUAAUAAGAGCGAUCAAUGCUGCAGAGAAUCCUUCUGCUUAUCAAGAAAUUGAAUUUGCAGUUCCGCCUGGAGUCCCGCCCCAAGUAACUAAGCUGGACGUUUACGAAAUUGACAAGCACCAAGAUCCCAUGGUUGUAUAUUUGAGAUGGCAAAAGCCAAUUCCACCUCUCAACGGGACAUUACGUGGUUAUAGCAUCCGAUUAUGCAAUAACGUACAUGUGUGCUCUUAUACAGAAGUUCCAUUGACUAAUACUUGCAAAUUAUGGGAUGAUUAUGUUUGCGGAUCUGUUCAGUUGGAAAACAAUAGUUCUUUAACAAUUGAAGUUGUCGCAUACAACAUGGAUGUUCAUAAACCAGGACCUCCAGUUAUAAUACCUCAGAAAAUAUUUGAUAAAAAUCUAUAUCAUGAUAGUCUAAAUCUCAAUCUACAUCCCGCUAAUUUCAUCGUUGUAACUCUUAAUAAUGGCAUCGUGGACCUAUACUGGAAUCAUCCUUGGAAAACGGGUUACACUUUGAAGUAUUUCGGUAUUAAAAUAACUGAAGUUUUCACCAAUCUCUUUAAGCGUUUCGCAUUUUUGAAAGAAAAUGCAAAAGCUGAGAAUGACAUCAUCAUAGUGGUGUCCAAUUAUACGCGCACUUAUAGCAAAAGAGUUUAUUUACAUCCUUCAACAAAAUACUCCAUCAUCAUUAGAGCUUAUACAGUUCCGUACCUAAAUGGCAGAACAUCGUACAAGCAAAUAGAAACACCUUCCAGCUUAAAGUUCGACGGUCCUCUGAAAUAUAUAAUAAACGAUUCCACGAUUUUGUUAAUGAUACCUCCUGUGAAAAAUUAUACGAUAAACAGUAUAAUACACAUCAUAGUAAAAGGACCGUUAGGGCCCAAAGGCUGCAAAGGAUACUUGAAAGUACCUGAAAAUCUGCAAGCGUUAGCAAGCGUAAACGUAUCCCAUAUAGCUUGGGAAGCAGCUAACUUUCCAAUCGAAGAGGCUGGCAAAGUUUUUGCGAUUGGCGACAAUAAAAUGUAUGGGAAAGCCAAGAACUGUCAAGUACAACCUAAAGAAUUAUACGAUAUAACAGUUAUCGUAAGUGAGUAUAAUCAAAGUUUGUAUUUCAAGCCGAUUGCGCUGAGAAUAACUGUCAACACUGAAGUCUCAUCGAUGCGCAACGAAGUGUGGCUCGUACCUGUAAUAUUAAUAAUAUUGAUCGUGUGCAGCGCCGGCGUAGCUCUUACGUUGCGUUGUUUUUAUCAAAGGUAUUAUUUCAUUUAUUUUUAAUUGUAGAAAGCAAAA